UUGGUGGUCGUUGGAUUUUAAAUCUUUAACAUUUCUAAUCUUGUAACAGUAAUAUUGUUUCUGAAAGAUAUUUUUUUCCAUUUUACACCCGUUGAUAUUUUUACAAAUAUUUAAUUAAAUCAGUCGUAAACCAUUUGUAAGUCAACAAAAGCGGAAUCUAUUUGUUCGUAGAUUUGCACUAGGCUUGGUAUUCGUUGAGUAUUUGAUUGUUUUAUCAAUAAUUGAAAACCAAAUAUGAUAAAGUGGUGAUAUUGUAUAUACCAACAGGGAGAAAAAUAAGAAUGUAUGGAGGUACUAGAAUGGUUUGACAAGCAGAAAACUUGUGAAGGGAUUAACCUGACCAGUACAGAAAAGUACCCAAAUAUUUGAAGAGGACCGCUCCUACCUAGAACGAUAUCAAUUUCAAGGGUACACUUUCAAUAGAAAAAAAUGGUAGAAAAAGUAAUUACUGCAGUUUGUAAUAAUGGGACUAAUAAUAAACAGAAGUUAUUACCAGAAGAAUAGAAAAGGUUUUGUCUGUUGUCUUUAUGGAAAGCUAUGGUAUAAAUUGCAGUACUAAUGGGACCAAGCUAUUGAACAAGAAAAAUUGAGUAAACAGUUCUAUCAAUAUUAACACAAAUGAUAUUUAAAGUACCAACGUUGGUCGUACCAAGGCGAAAUAAAUCAGUAGUAGAAUUAAUAGAAAUAUAAAAGUUGACAUUAAUGAUAUGAUAUAGUUGACAUGAAAAGAAAGAUCAUCCCAUUAUACAAAAUAGGGGUGCCAUACCAUGGCUGAAACUAUCAAUUGGACUAUAGAAAUACCCGUGUUUACCUUGGCAGUCAUUGGACUGCUAGUUAACCUGACUUCACUCUUUUACAAAUUGGUUCGGUCCUUUUUAUUACCAAAGUUGUGGAAGUAUUCAUUAGUAUCUUUGGAUGCCGCUCAUAUUUUUUUGGGUGUAGGAUUAGUUUUACAUUUAAUUUAUAAAAUAACAAAUAUAGAAAUUAUUUGUAAAUCAAUAUCAUUUUUCUUACAGUUUGGAUUGUUCGAUUGUGUUAGCGGGUAUUUAAUUGCGGGAGUUAUUUUAUUAGGUAUAUACAAUCCAGGAAAGUCGUCUAACUUAUCAUCAUUUCAUCGCAAUGUCUUUCUGGUUAUAUUUAUACCACAGAAAAUCGUAUCAAUUAUUUUGUCAUUAUUACCACUCACUCCAGUGUCGUUUUUUAAUUUUACCUCGGUGAAUGCAAUAUCUUGUUUAAAUAUCGAACAAAAAGGAGAAAAAGCUUUUUCUUACGGACUUUUAUUGGUGUGUAUUUGUUGGAUUGUAAUUCUUUUCGCACUUAUUUGUUGUAUUAUUAGUGCCGUCAAAUUGUGGAAAGGAUUUAGUAACAGAAUUCACUCAGCUUCACCUAACGUUUGGCAAGCACAGCUCGUUAGCCAAGGAAGACAAAUUCAGAAAAUUUUAAUUAUUGAAAUAUUUGUUUGGAUUAUUACUUUAUUAGUCUUAACGGUAAUCAAUUAUAAGAAUACAAGCAAGUCAUUGAGUGCAAGUGCGGCAGCAUUGAUAUUAUUGGACAUAGCUACGAUAAUUCAUGGAGUUCUGACAAACAUUGGAAACAGUAUGUGGAGUAUAUGUUGUUGUACUUCGUCACAGACAAUAGAAGAAACUCAUCGGAAACUUAAACAACUUGAACUUGUCAGACUUGAGGCUCCAGGAAAACUAAGAUUGAGAGCAACAUGGAAUGUUGGAAAACAUCACACCAGACAAGGUCUGAUGAAGGUGUAUGGACCAAAACAUGUGAAGUCCUGGGCCCAGGAGAUAGUAGUUCUGGGCAUGUUACGUAAAAUACAGCAUGCUAGUUUGUUACAAUGUCUUUGGACCAGUAGUUCAAACCCAUACUAUGAGACUAUGACGCUGAUCACUGGAGAGAUUGUCACAAGUGAUUCAAGAAUCAUCUGUCUUGAAUUAACAAACAGCGGAACACUGCAAGAGUUGAUUAGACGACUUGAAUCACCACUCCCAGAAUCUUGUCAGAGAAUGAUCAUCCAUGAUGUGGCUGAGGGACUGUAUUACCUUCAUGAUCAGAAUAUACUUCACAACAAUCUGAAUUCAUCAAGUAUAUACCUCAAAGGAUCACUUCCAUCAGGGCAGGUACCAGUGUAUAUGUAUGGCCAGGUGACAAAUCGUGUGCUACAGAGUAUGGUAAUGAGAGCAGCCAUAGGAGACUUUGAGGACACACAGAUAUUUGGAGCCAUGCAACAAACUAGUAGCCACAGUAUCAGAGACAAAAGGAAUUUCUUCCUUCCAGACAUUCGGUCUUUUGCUUUAAUCGCCUUGGAAAUUAUAUCAAAUAUGUGUGAGAAAAAAUUUGCCACAUACCAAUAUGAAUGGGAUCAAUAUAUUAACGAAAAAAAUGUACAUAACUAUCCGCAAACAUUUUACGAUGACUCAGAUUUUGAGGAUGAAUUCUAUAGGCAUAAACCUCAUGGGGUACGUUCUCCAGGAGAGGUGAUCGAAGAUUAUAAAAGAACUAGGAGUAUGUCACCUGGAAGUCGACCUCUGUCAGCACAAUCAUGUAGAAGUCAGAGGUCAAGGACAAUGUCACCUGACUUAUCAAGGUCUAGACAUUCCCCAGCUGUAACGUUGUUUGGAAGCCGGGAACCGAGUCCUGAACCCAAGCCUAAAAGAUCAAGAAGUAAAUCACCAUUUUCACGAAAACAUAAAAAGAACCGUGCACCAGAUCCAUAUGAUCUGAAUCUUGCUGAUUCACCAAUUGUGUCUGAAAAUGAAAAACAAAGAAAAUCAAAUACACCUUCCAAACAGAAAAAUGCUGAUGCAUUUAGUCAUAGCAAACCUCAGGGUAAAACAAAAUUGAAGAAAGUUGACAGUAAAAAGUGGGUGAUUUCUAAAUUAAAAACAAUAACUGGAUCAGAAACUGCUGUAUCAGCAUUUAAACCAAAGACUAAAUCUGAACAUUAUGAUUCAAAUGAUGAAGUGUCUGAGGAAGACAUUCAGACUGUCCGCCAAAAACUUCAUAAGAAAAAAAGAGGUGAUUCUAAAAAUUCAAUGCAAUAUGAAAAUGAUCAUGCUUUACAUAAAAGUUUAUCAAACCAAAGUAAUCAUAGUCUUCAACAGGCAGCUCAUGGUGACCUUCAAAGAAUGUCUUCAGGGUCAAUUGAUCCAACAAUAUAUCAGAAUAUGUCUAAAGAGGAUAAAAGGUUAUAUCAGUAUAUGCAAGCACAAAAUGAGCAAUCUCAAUAUAGAAGUACAACAGGAAAUAGUGAACAAAUGAUGCAUAGAACAAUGUCAGGCAACAGUGAAAAUAUGAUGCAUCAAACAAUGUCUGGCAAUAGUGAAAAUAUGAUGCAUCGAACACUGUCAGGCAACAGUGAAAAUAUGAUGCAUCGAACAAUGUCUGGCAACAGUGAAAAUAUGAUGCCUCGUAGAAUGUCUGCCAACAGUGAAAAUAUGAUGCAUCGGACAAUGUCAAAUCAUAGUGAUCAAUGGAGUAUCCUUAGUGAUAUGGAAUACCCAAGGUCACAUGGGCUUAGAAACACACUAUCUCAGGAUUCAAGGGCAUCGUUAUGGUCAAAUUUACCACUUCCUGUGGAAAUGAUUGAAGAAAACAAUAAUCAUUUGGAUGAAAUUAUAGACUGUCUUCCUGGAAUGGCAGAAUCAGUUACUUUGCAAAGAAAGAAAAAUUCUCAAAAUAAAGAACAUUUAGUUAUAAGAGACAAAAAUCUAAGCAUGUUAAGGCAAGAGUACUGGAAAAGUGACGGACCAGGCACUCAGAGGUUUGAGCUUGUUGAUUAUUAUGAUGAGCUUCAAGGUAAAUUUGUAAAGAAAAUGGCUCCUCGUCCAUUUUAUCGUUCAUCUUCAGGGUCAAAUAUGCUUCCAAAAUCUGUUCACCGAACAUUCUCAGGAACACAAAUAUUACAUCGAACUACUUCUGGUUUACAAGAAAUAACUGAGGCAGUUGAAGUUUCUGACAGUGAUAAUGAAAAUUUCAGACAUGACUUAGACUUGGCACGUAAAGAGUUAAAAAGUUUGGGCCAUAUAAUUGAACCCCAGGUAGACAAUACAAAUGAAAAUAAACCAUUUCAGAAAAUUAAACCAGUAUUUAUCAAGGAGGAUUCUGAAAAACCAGAAGAAAAGCCAAAAGAUAUAAUCAAACCAAAACAGUCAAAGAAAAAACGGUCAAAAUCAGCAGAAAAGGCUGGAAAUGCAAGAACAGACGAACAAAAUGAAUCAAGGUUAAUGAGAAGUGAAUCUCAGAAAAAGAAAGCGCGAGCAACCUUACAAAAGAAAUUGACUAAUAGGGGUGGAAAUGUGCCUGUAAUUCCACUCUCCGACAGAAGGGAAAAGGCAAAUCUACAGGUCAAAUAUGCAAAUGUUAAAAAAUUAAAAACACAAUCAAAUGGUGAACAUAGUGAAAACAAAGAAAAUGGCAGCACUGAUCAGAAUCAUACUGUUGUAAAUAUGGAGGACACAAAAGAGCAGACAUCAAAUCAAUAUGAGAAAUUAAAAUCUGGAGUACCGCGUUAUUCAAGUUUUAGUAGCAAUGAUAGUGGUAGUAGCAUUGACUCGAGUGUACGUGUAAGAAAAGCCAACGUUUCUUUAACAAGUGGUGAAUUAACUUCAUUGUCAUCACAAGCUGACAUUGACACUGAUGGACAUACAACUGACCUUGAUUUGCCCUUCAAGGAAACCCAAAUGAGAAAGAAAUUGCAAAUGCAAAUGCGAAGUAAAGCUAGGAUCAGUGAUAGUGGUUUUGACAGUGAAAGUAGUGAACUUUCUUCUGAUUAUUAUCGUAAUCAUAAAGGAAAGACAAUUCAAAGUCGUUUACCAGUUCAUCAUGAAAAGAGUCAAGUAGGACUCCAGGUUGAUGAAUUACCAUUUGUUUCUGUUGAUUCAGGAAAAAUGAACUUUUCAGAAACUGCAUUUGUCCUUACUGGAUUUGAAAACAAUCAUAUUUUUCCUGAUCAAAAUGAUAUUGAUGAAGAAAUUCUCCCUGAAAAUGAUAUUAUGCCUAGUAAUUAUGAAGAUGAUUUACGACCUAUGUCUAGCAUGUCACGUAUCAUAGAAGUGACAUGUGCUUCACCAGAAGAUAUUAAGGACUUGGAAGAUGAGAAUGAUAAAGGUCUGUCAUCAAAAACAGGCAGAGUUAAAAUGUCAGAUUCAAGACCCAAAACUCCAUCUCAUAGUUCCCGUCCAAAAACUGCAGGUUCAUUAGGUUCUAAAGAAUUGAGAGGCCCAAAUGUAUAUGCUAGUCCAAAUGUUGCUGCUAAAAGGUACAGAGAACUUACAAAGAAGGGUGUUCCAUUGAGAGUAUCUACCAUAACUUCUGAUUCACCAAAGUUAACAAAUAAAGGUCAACCAGAGGUCAUGUUGAAUGAAACAGAAGACUCUGGCAAUGUUACAGAUGAUCAAAAGCUUUUCAAUGAUUUAGAAUCAAAUGGUUUCUUCAAAACAACCAAUCCAAAUACACUUAGUCCUCCUCAUAAACAACAUCGAAAAUCACGGAAAGACCAACCGAAGAGGAAAAAAAUUAACAAGUGGAAAUUGGACGAUAUUAUUAGAGAAAUUCCAGAAGAAUCUAGAAGUCCAAGUUCAAGCAAUAGGUCACCCAAUCAUAAAUCAUUUUUUGAUGACUCAUUUCACAAUCAGUCAGGAGAAGAGGCCAUGUUGAAUCAGCCACAUACAUCGGAAGAUUCAGAAACAGCUAGUGUUCAAAAUAGUGCUGUGAACUCUAUCCCCUCUUCAGGGAUACCUAAACAACAUCAGCCCUCAGUGGUUGUCGAUGCUGAGUUAUAUAUAGACAGGGUCUAUUCUAAUAAACCUGCAGAAAAACAAAAUGGACAAGUUCAGUUGAAUGAUCCUGAUUUUGAUUCUCCGUUGAAUUAUGAGCGGGUAUAUCAACCCAUGUCAGAUAUGCCCUGUAUGAAUGAAUACAACGAGAAUGUUGACUUGGAUAUUGAUGUUCCAUUGUUAGAUGGAAUGAAUGAAAAACAUGUGAUUAAUUGUCGGAAAAUGACAACACAACUAAAUCUUGUUUCCUUCCAUGACCUUCUUCCUGCUAACUUGGAGAAUUUUACAACACUGAAGACUAAACUUCAGCAGGGUGGACAACUUGGAAACAUUGGUACACAGCUCUUGGAAAUUAUUCAUAGUUGUUGGCUGAAUGAUUUACCUCCCACCUCCUUUGAUCUGGUACUACAAUUGACAGAUCCAGUGACAGAAACAGAGCUGUAACCAUAGCAACAGUUGUCUGACAAAACCCAAGAUUGAAUGUAACAUAAGUUCCAAGUUUUAAAGAAGAAUAAGAAAGAUGUUAUCAUAACUAACACUUUAAAUUGGACAGAAUGUCAGAAUAAACUGCAAUUCACUGUUUCAGAAUCUAAUGCAUUUUGGGUAAUAUUUUCAAAAAGCAUACACCAAAACUUUGGGAUUGGUUUAAAGAGUGAUAAACAAUAGAAAUUCAACCAAUGAAGUAACAUUAUUUUCAUUUUGGUGUACGAGCAAUGAGAUUACCCAUAGUUCUAUAGAUUCUGAAAAGGCAAAUUGUUUGAUGCUUUCAUUUACAGUGAACAUUAGUUUUAUGUAUCAUGGAUUUCAUUAAGAAAGCAGUUCAUGCAUUGUACUGUAUGGUAUAAGAUAUUUCAUGCAUUUGUAAUAAAUAUGAUAGCAUUUACAUUGUAGUCAAAAUAUUUUUGUAUAUUGCAUUUACUUUCCAUUCCGUCCAUUAUACAUGUAGUUGAAGGUUAGUGAAAGGUCAUAUAUCUUUUUAUGUUUUUAUACAGCAUUGUGAAUAUUUAAUUAAGGAAUUGGUGCCAAAUAAAAAUCAUUUAUGUAUUCAAUUAUCAUAUUAGUCAAAUUUUUUUUCUGUUUUUGAUUGUUUUUUUUGUUGUUGUGUUGAUUUUUUGACUGUAACUUUUUUGUCUUUUUUUCUGAUGUAGUGUACAAUCAUACAAUGUAAUUAGAUCAUAAAAUAUAAAAGAUACAUUUUUUCCUAAACUUAAAUUUAAAUAUUAAUGAGAAAAGUGGAAUUUAAAAAAACAAAUCUUUGUUCAUAAUUUUCAUACUUUAGAGAAGAAAGUGACAUCCAAGGGACUUUUGACAAUACUUUUCAUUUUAAAAUAAAACGGGAACUUCCUGACAACAUUUAGUCUCGUUGACAUUUACCUAACAUUUUCUUUUAUUCGUAUGAAAAUGUCAUGAAAGGGACUGUACUGAUUGCGUCAGUUCAUACAAAGGGAGAACUGUCGGUCUUGUCAACAACAAAUAAACAAAAUCAUUUAGUCGAAAGACAUUGCAUGACAAACAAUAAUUAGUGAUCGGGUUUUCUUCGUACUAAAUUUUACAUAGUCAAAGUGACCUUUAAAAUUUGAAUCAUAUUAAAAGAGAGUGGGUUAUUAUUUUUCUUUCGAGAUAUUUCUUAAUUACAAAAUAUAAUUAUACACUUUAUUAUAAAAUAAUCAUGAUAUACUACUUUGUAGACCUAGGUUUGGUCCAUCUUAUGUACUUGUUGCCUUUAUCUGAAAUUUAUAUAAAAUCUAUAUGAACUUGAAAAAGAAAUAAUCAAGAAAUGAAAAUUAUCGAAAAUCUGAAAACCUUGAAGGUUUCAUAAACUUUUUUUUGUUUGUUUCUUCAGUAUAGUUUUACAUUCAAUUGAUUAGUGAUAUACAACUAGAACAUUAAAAUCAUAAUAAUAUUUGGUAGAGUAACCUCUCCUUUGAAAUUUCAAAUUGAAUGAUAGUAAUUAUAAAAAUUUGAGGGCUAUUUUCAUAAUGAAUAUGUUUGAAAUACGUCUUCCAUUUACAAUUUAAAUGUCCUUGUACGUUUGAUGCUAUUGAUAAGUAGUUUUCUAAUGUUCUGAAAAUAGAAAGAGAUUUUGAACUUACUCCAAGACAAAUACUAGAAGCUUACUUCCAUAAUGACUUUUAUCAACAGAAGUUUAAGUCAACAUGAAAAUUCAAUUAAAACUUUUAAAUUUUUAAAUUUUAAAAUUUUAUAUAAUUGGUUAAAUGGAAGAAGUAGAUUUAAACAUAAGUAUAUUUCUGAUGUGUGAAUGAUUAAUUUCAUAAAAAUAACACUUUUGUGUUGAUAUAAUGCAUUUAAACAUUUAACUUAGCAAAUAGACAUGUACACCACCCAAAACGCAUAAAAAUUCAAGAUAUUUUUAUGUCAUAUAAAUAAUAGGUUUCCAGUGAUUUGUUUUAUGAAAGAAUGAGAUUUCAUUUUUUUUCAACUUAUGAAAUAUCAAUACAUUUAAUAAAAGUAUUAAUUUUGGAGCUUGGGUAAAUUGAAGAUACUUAUUUGGACAAUAAUUUUUGUUUGCCUCACAAAACCACUUGAAAAUCUUGUAUUGGAUUUUCAGUUUAAUACUUCAAAUAACAAUUGUGACAAAAAAAAUUAAAAUCAGACUUCAUAAUAUUAUCCCAUAUUUUCUUAAGUGCUCUGACAGAUAGUGAAACCUUAUACAAAUUAUG